CUGCUCUUCGCGUUUGCCCCUCUUAAAAAUACCCUAAUUGAUAACAGAGCACAGCAAUCAUCAUGUCUGGUCUCUCAGUUAAGCUCAAGACCCCUCAGACGGGCGAAUACGACCAGCCCACCGGUCUUUUCAUCAACAACGAAUGGGUCAAGGCCGUUGACGGCAAGACCUUCGACGUCAUCAACCCCUCCACCGAAGAGGUCAUCUGCCAGGUUCAGGAGGCUUCCGAGAAGGAUGUCGACAUUGCCGUCGCCGCUGCCCGCAAAGCGUUCAAUGGCCCAUGGAGAAAGGAGACCCCCGAGAACCGUGGAAGGCUUCUUGUUAAGCUUGCCGAUCUCUUCGAGAAGAAUGCCGACCUCCUCGCCUCAGUCGAGGCUCUCGACAACGGCAAGGCUUUCAACAUGGCCAAGAACGUUGACGUUCCCUCCUGCGUCGGUUGCCUGAGAUACUACGGUGGAUGGGCAGACAAGAUCGAGGGCAAGGUCGUUGACACAACCCCCGACACAUUCAACUACAUCCGCAAGGAGCCCGUUGGUGUCUGCGCUCAGAUCAUCCCCUGGAACUUCCCUCUUCUCAUGUGGGCAUGGAAGAUCGGCCCUGCCAUCGCCACUGGUAACUGCGUUGUCAUCAAGACUGCUGAGCAGACUCCUCUGUCCGCGUACAUUGCUGCCAACUUGAUCAAGGAGGCUGGUUUCCCACCAGGUGUGAUCAACGUCAUCACUGGUUUCGGUAAGAUUGCUGGUGCCGCCCUCUCAGCACACAUGGACGUCGACAAGAUUGCCUUCACCGGUUCCACCGUCGUCGGUCGACAGAUCAUGAAAUCGGCUGCUGGCUCCAACUUGAAGAAGGUCACUCUCGAGCUUGGUGGCAAGAGCCCCAACAUCGUCUUCGCUGACGCCGAUAUCGAUGAGGCCAUUAACUGGGUCAACUUCGGUAUUUACUUCAACCACGGCCAAUGCUGCUGUGCUGGAUCGCGUAUCUACGUACAGGAAGAGAUCUACGACAAGUUCAUCGCCCGCUUCAGGGAGCGAGCUGCUCAGAACGCUGUCGGUGACCCAUUCAGCAAGGAUACUUUCCAGGGUCCCCAGGUCUCACAGCUCCAGUUUGACCGCAUCAUGAGCUACAUUGAGGAGGGCAAGAAAUCUGGAGCUACUAUUGAGACGGGUGGUAAGCGCAAGGGCGACAAGGGCUACUUCAUUGAGCCCACCAUCUUCUCCAACGUCACCGAGGACAUGACGAUCCAGCAAGAAGAGAUCUUCGGCCCAGUCUGCACUAUCUCCAAGUUCAAGACCAAGGCCGAUGUCAUCAAGAUUGGCAACAGCACCACCUACGGUCUUGCCGCCGCAGUACACACCACCAACCUCAACACGGCCAUCGAGGUCGCCAACGCACUCCGCGCCGGUACCGUCUGGGUCAACACAUACAACGCUCUCCACUGGGCUCUUCCCUUCGGGGGAUACAAGCAGUCUGGCAUAGGCCGUGAGCUUGGUGAGGCUGCGCUGGACAACUAUCUUCAAACCAAGACUGUGUCGAUCCGCCUCGGAGAUGUUCUCUUCGGUUAGAACUGAAAUAUGUAUUAAAGAACUGUAUAUAGUAACCUUUUAGCUCGA